AUGAAGCUGGUCGUUACACAUCUCCUCAUCACGAUGGGGGUAGUCGCGGGUGUUCCCGUUCCCGAAGCGCCGGGUAUUCCUACUCCUUCUGCCGCUCGUUCUCAAUUGAACGGCCUCAAGGUCGCGUCUUCAGGGAGCAGCGAUGGCUACACACGCGCAAAGUUUCCUCACUGGGAGCCCAUCGACGGGAAAUGUGACGCGCGAGAAUUCGCUUUAAAACGAGAUGGCACCAACGUGCAAACAAAGUCUGACUGCAGUGUUACAUCUGGACGUUGGCAAAGCCCCUACGACGGCGCGACAUGGACGAAUCCUCUGGAUCUCGACAUUGACCAUAUGGUACCGCUAAAGGAUGCCUGGGUGUCUGGUGCGUCGUCAUGGACUACCACCCAACGAAAGAACUUUGCCAAUGACGUCACACGCCCUCAGCUCUGGACAGUCACCAAUACAAUCAACCGAUCCAAGGGUGAUCGUAGUCCGGAUAGCUGGAAGCCGCCUUUGAAGACUUUUCAUUGUAAAUACGCGGAAAGUUGGGUGCAAGUGAAAAGCUACUACAGUCUAACAGUGACAAUGGCGGAAAAAGCAGCGCUGUCACAGAUGCUAGAUACAUGCGCUGGGACCCCCUCAAACGCGAACUUAAACCAAUUACAGCGUGUACCAUAUUUUGGGGCAAUCCUUAUGGCGGCUAUUGUUGGACUGAUGUGA